GAUCUUUCUUCCAUCCUCAUUUUCACUCGAUAGCUUUACCUAUCUGUAUAGCCAGACAUCCGCCUAGCGCUGAUCAUGUCCAAUCCUUUCCCUCUCCUCCGUCUCAUCCAAACCGUCACCACCAAAUCCCGAAACAACGCGUCCCUCCACCCCAAGCGCUACAGCCUCCAAGUUUCCUGCCACGUGAGACCAAAUGCCUCUAGUAAUCGCGAAGGCAUCUAUUCCAUCGGCACCGAUCGCGUGAAUGUCUGCGUCGCCGCGGUCCCCAGAAAGGGCGAGGCGAAUGCAGCUGUAUCGCGUGUUUUAGCGCAAGUCUUCCAAGUGCCCAAAUCAAACGUAGAAGUCAUCCGUGGUCUGAAAUCCCGAGAAAAGACCCUCGCCAUCACCGACCUGAAUAUCGGUUUGCAAAGCGAGGAUGAGUUUCUCCUACAAGCGCGUGGGAAAUUAGAAGCGGCAAUCAUGCAGAGAUAG